GAUGCUAGGGCUUGUAAUGAAAGCGGGUGGUCGUGUGCGUCUGCGGCUGGUCUAGGCAGCGCCCGCGAUGCGCCGCUGUCAGUCCGCGCACCACUUUCACGACCUGCGCACGCGCAUGUUCGACUACCUCGAGUCUUACAACAGUCGAAAACGUUCCGAAAUUACGUGAGUCCAUUUAAAGCCAUUCCCAUUCAAGGUAUACCCGCAGCAUUGUCUCCUGCCGAUGUAAUACAUGAAUAUUGAACUAUAAAUGACUAUUAAAUCAGAGGACACGGUUAAGUAGAACUCGUCGUAUUAAUUUACGUGUGUGAACCCUGGAAGUGUUCGGGCUUUGAAGGAAGCUAAGAACAGAGUGAACAUAAGAAAUUGAAAAAUUGAAUCUGAUUUAACAAACACAAGUUAUUGGAAAGCAGGAAAUUUCGUUUAUAAAGGUGAACAGCGAUGAUCAGACUGCACCUCACUGAUCGGCAUCUGCGCGUGAUGCUGUGGUGCAUACUGCUCGGGCUGCAACCUGCGUUCGCCGGCAUACUGGACCCGUUCAACUGGGCGCGCUCCGACCGCAUUGAGGUCAACAUACCGUGGCUGCCAUUUGAGAAUGAAACGCGAUGUUACGAUGAGCUCGGCUGCCUGAACAUCACGCGGAGCUGGUACCACCUCAUACACCGGCCGUUCAACGUAUUUCCUCUGCCCAGAGUCGUCAUCAACACGAGGUUUAUACUGUACACGAAGAAAAACCCUACGGACGGACAAAUUUUAAAUGUCAACGUGAACAAAACAAUCGUGAAGUCUAACUUCGACCCCCAGCGACUGACCAAGAUGAUUAUCCACGGGUUCAUCGACACCCCUCUUUCUAAUUGGGUGAGCGAGAUGAAAGACGAGUUGGUAAAAGCCGGCGACUUUAACGUGGUGGUGGUGGACUGGGCUGGAGGCAGCCUGCCGCUGUACACGCAAGCCACCGCCAACACGAGGCUGGUGGGGCUGGAGGUCGCGCACUUCAUCAACACCUUACAGAAAGAACAUGGAAUGAAUCCACUCGAUGUGCACAUUAUAGGCCACUCUUUGGGGGCCCACACAGCCGGCUACGCUGGAGAGAGAAUUCAAGGCUUAGGAAGGAUUACGGGUCUUGACCCAGCGGAACCGUACUUCCAAGGUAUGCCCACGAAUGUGAGGCUGGACCCUACAGAUGCCCAACUAGUAGACGUCAUACACACUGAUGGAAAAAGCAUAUUCCUUUUAGGAUACGGGAUGUCCCAGCCCGUGGGUCACCUGGAUUUUUACCCCAACAAUGGGAAGGAACAGCCCGGAUGUGACCUCACCGAGGGACCCCUGGUUCCCCUCACACUGGUCAAGCAAGGCUUAGAAGAGGCUUCAAGGGUAUUAGUAGCUUGCAAUCAUGUUAGAGCUAUAAAACUUUUUACAGAAUCAAUAAACGGAAAAUGCCCAUAUAUAGGACAUCAAUGUCCGUCGUAUCAGCAUUUUUUAGCUGGAAAGUGUUUUCAUUGCGGCCACGGAUGUGCAAUCAUGGGAUUCCACGCAGACAGCUCGCCCGGUCUUAUUACUCACAAGAACAAUCAGACAGAAAACGAGGUGUACCCGUCUGAGGAGCAGGAGACCAUCGGAGCCAAGUACUACCUCAGCACGGGGAAGGAGCUGCCGUUUUGCCAACGACAUUACAAGGUGUCUAUUCAGUUGGCUAAUCCAAAAGGAGCAGAAUCGUGGGUCCAGGGAUUCCUGAAAGUAACUUUAUUAUCGGAUCGUGGUGUAAUAAGAGGAAUGGAUCUCACACCAAGUAAUUACGUGAAAUUAGAACACGGCACAUCAUACACCAUUGUGGUAACUCAUCCAAUGGAUUUAGGGGGUAAAGUUAGGAAGGUGGAGUUAUCGUGGGAGUACGACAUGAAUGUACUGGAGCCGCGAUCUCUGUGCAUCCUAUGGUGUAACGACCGACUUUAUGUCAAGUCGGUCAUUGUGGACCAGAUGGAGCUGCCCAGUAGAGGGAAACGAAAUGUCGACUUCAGCAGCAAACUAUGUACCCCGAAGCGUGAAUUUGCAGAGAUACCAAACAGAGGUUCCGCCAGUUUCUACGACAACUGCGGAAGGUAGCCGUGCCAUACAAUAACUGUAGGCAAAUAUGUUUCUCUAUCUAUGAGUGAAUAUCUCAUAGACCCCCAAAAAGCUUUAAGGCCUGACUACGGACACUCAGUGACGCACGUCUGGUCGAGUUUUUGUAGUUGUGUUUGUUCGUUUGACUGCCCCAGUGAUGAUGUUACAGGGUCAAGAAAGGUGACUUUACCUAAAUUAUAAAUUGUUGAGUAUAUUGAACUUGUAAUUAGCUGUUAAUGUUAUUGUUAUGUUAAUUUUUUUAUGAAACAAAGUAGUUGUAAGAAAAUAAAAUAAAAUACUCAUUAAAAACA